UCAGGUAGGGAGGCGUUUCUAGAAUUCAGAGUCGACUGUUGUUGAUGGUGGAAGUCUUGUAGGUCGUGCUGCUUUCAUGAUGUUUCUUCCCAACAUGCAGGGCGAUAUGCACUUCAAACCGACUCGCGACAGAUUCUACACGACAAGAUGUUGUGGGUGCUGCCAUGUUCGGACAGGAACUAUCAUCCUGGGGACAUGGUACAUGGUGGUGAAUCUGCUGAUGGGAAUUCUGCUGACAGUGGCUGUUACCCACCCUGAGAACGUGCCCGCCGUUAACCUGCAGUACGAGGCCAUCGAGCACUACCUGGCCUCCGACAGGAUGUCCGAAAAUGCCUGCGUGGGAUUCGCCAUCUCUCUCCUGAUGGUUACCAUCAGCGCCAUGAUGGUCUACGGAGCCAUCACUCAUCGUGAUGGGUGGCUCAUUCCAUUCCUCUGCUACCAGAUGUUUGAUUUCAUCCUCAGCUGUCUCGUGGCCGUCAGCUCUCUGACCUACCUGCCGCGCAUCAAGGAUUACCUGGAUCAGCUGCCGGACUUCCCCUACAAGGACAACCUGCUGUCUCUGGACUCCAGCUGCCUGCUGCUCUUUGUCCUUGUCUUCUUCGCCUUACUCAUCAUCCUCAAGGCCUACCUGAUCAACUGUGUGUGGAACUGCUACAAGUAUAUCAACAACAGGAACAUGCCUGAGAUUGCGGUCUACCCUGCCUUUGAAGCCCCCCCUCAGUACGUGCUGCCCACCUACGAGAUGGCCAUGAAGAUGCCUGAGAAGGAGCCGCCCCCACCUUACAUGCCCGCCUGAACAUCCCCCUGACCCUUCCCAACAGCCCCUAACCCCCCCGUCCCACACACACACACACAAACACACACACUUUUACCCCUCACCCCUCUCCACCCUUUUAUCCUGUCCUCCUCCCCCCACCUAUUCUACCCCA